UUAUCUUCCCCGCGUUUUAGAGAGAGAGAGAGAGAGAGAGAGAGAGAGAGAGAGAGAGAGAGAGGGCUAAUCAACGAAGCAUACAUAUGUUUGGACAAGCCCAUCGGCUGUUGAGCCGCAGCGCUCAGGCGUUGGCAGAUGCAUGCAACAGCAGCAAGUGUAAUUUAUACUUUUUCACCCAUAGAAGACUCUCCACUUCCAUCUUGACCCCCCAUGAGGGUGCCAUUCCUUCAGAGUUGUUAUCAAAGAAGGCAGUGUUAACCCCAGACCGUACUAUAGGACAAUAUGAGGACUUGGUAACAAGAGUGACAAAUUUUCAUAAUGAGGAUAAGGGCUUCACGGUUUUGGCUGGUGAUGUGUUUGAUGUACCCAUUAGGAAAGAUAUUGUUCAUCGUGUUGUACGGUGGCAGCUUGCAAAACGGCAACAGGGGACGCAUUCAACGAAAACGAUUAGUGAAGUUAGUGGGACCGGUAGAAAGCCAUAUCCACAAAAGGGCACUGGACGAGCAAGACAUGGAACACUACGUGGGCCACAGUUUAGACACGGUGCUACCAUGCAUGGCCCUAAGCCACGAAGUCAUGCAAUUAAGCUGCAAAAGAAGGUCCGGCGUCUAGGAUUGAAAAUUGCUUUGUCAGCCCGUACAGCCGAAGGAAAGCUUCUGAUAUUUGAGGAUUUGGAGGUCCCUACCCACAAGACGAAGAACAUUGUGAAUUAUGUUGCACAAAUGGAGAACACCAAGAAGUUAUUGCUGGUGGAUGGUGGUCCAAUAAAUGAAAAGCUCAAGUUGGCGACACAGAACCUACACUAUGUCAAUGUGCUGCCUUCAAUUGGACUAAACGUCUACAGCAUCCUCCAACAUGAUACUCUAGUGAUGUCACGUGACGCUGUCAACCGGAUUGUUGAGCGGAUGCACACCCCCAUUAACCGCUAAUGCAAAAACAUGAAGGAUACAAUGAAUGCAGGGAGAAACGUCAGCUUCAUUCAACCCCAUCUUUUUCAUUUUAGAGGGGUUUUGGUCUGGGUCGUUAUGAUUCUCAGUGAGAAAUGUUUUUUGCUUUACAUAGACAUUAGAUUUUCCUUUGAAUUUGCACAGCUAUCUUUUUUCCUUUGCCAUUUCUUGGCUGGUCCUAUGGUUCUUGGGAUUGUCUGCCAAGCUGACAGGUGGAAAAUAUCCAAGAUGUCCAGCUGGUAGGUCCGACGUUGUAGUUCUUUCCCAAGGAUCAUGCUAGUAGACUCAUCAUGUGGAAGGGACAUGAUAUUGAUGAUGGCCUAAAAAACAUAGCCAAGUUUCUUCCA